AUGGGCAACAAGAAACUGUUGACCGGCGCUUCAAGCAGAGCUUAUGGUACUGCAAGUUACAGAGAUCCUCUGUUGCAGAACCAGGAUAAACCCAAAGCGAAUGGAGAGCAAGUAAGCGAGAAUGGUCCAAAUGAUCUUGAGCAUGGUGUAGUUGAGGCAGCAAAUGUCGGAUUUGGCAGAGUCUUUUCGUUGGCAAAGCCUGAUGCGGGAAAGCUUGUGAUUGGUACCAUUGCUUUGUUGAUAGCUUCAACAACUAAUCUCCUUGUCCCAAAAUUUGGUGGGAUGAUUAUAGACAUUGUAUCCAGAGAUACCGAGACGCCUGAACAGCAAGCAGAAUCCAUUCGUGCUGUUAGAAAUGCCGUAGUGAUCAUUCUGAUUAUCGUUGUAAUAGGAUCGCUAUGCACGGCUUUGCGAUCGUGGCUAUUUAAUUCUGCUAGCGAAAGAGUUGUAGCUCGAUUGAGAAAGGAUUUGUUCAAACACCUAAUGCAUCAGGAAAUAGCAUUCUAUGAUGUCACAAAAACUGGAGAACUCUUAAGUAGACUAUCCGAAGACACCCAAAUCAUUAAAAACGCUGCUACUACAAAUCUUUCUGAAGCUCUUCGUAAUGUAACUACCGCGCUUAUUGGAGUUGGUUUCAUGUUUACAUCAUCUUGGAAACUAACAUUGUUGGCACUAGUAGUAGUUCCGGUAAUUUCAGUUUCUGUGAAACAAUUUGGUCGCUAUCUCCGUGAACUUUCACACAAAACUCAAGCAGCAGCUGCGGUUGCUGCGUCAAUUGCUGAGGAAUCUUUUGGCGCUAUCCGAACGGUUAGAUCUUUUGCGAAAGAAGGUUAUAUGGUAUCACAAUACUCCAAGAAAGUCGAUGAGACUCUGAAUCUAGGACUCAAACAAGCUGUACUUACCGGUUUGUUCUUUGGAGGACUAAACGCAGCUUUCACGAUAUCUGUUAUUACGGUUGUAAGUUAUGGAGCUUACCUUACAAUAACUGGUUCUAUGACUGUUGGAGCCCUCACGUCCUUCAUUCUUUAUAGCCUCACAGUUGGUUCAUCGGUAUCUUCUUUAUCAAGUUUGUACACAACUGCGAUGAAAGCUGCGGGCGCUAGCAGACGGGUUUUUCAAAUCUUGGACCGUGUUUCUAGCAUGCCAAAUUCAGGGGAUAAGUGUCCGGUUGGUAAUCCUGAUGGAGAUGUGGAAAUAAAUGAUGUCUGGUUUGCUUAUCCUUCUCGCCCUAGUCACAUGAUACUUAAGGGAAUAUCGUUGAGGUUGACACCAGGUUCAAAAGUUGCACUUGUAGGACCAAGUGGCGGAGGAAAAACGACAAUAGCCAAUCUGAUUGAGAGAUUCUAUGAUCCACUCAAGGGAAAGAUUUUGCUAAAUGGAGUCUCUUUGAUGGAAAUAUCUCAUCAAUAUCUUCACAAACAGAUCAGCAUUGUUAGCCAGGAACCGAAUCUUUUCAACUGUUCCGUGGAAGAGAACAUCGCAUAUGGAUUUGACGGUGAAGCUAGUCUUUCAGAGAUAGAACAUGCAUCAAAAAUGGCGAAUGCACACGAGUUCAUAGAAACAUUCCCAGAUAAGUAUAAAACUGUUGUUGGAGAACGCGGAUUACGUCUCUCAGGAGGACAGAAACAGAGGAUUGCAAUCGCAAGGGCGCUUCUUACAAACCCAAGUGUCUUGCUCCUUGAUGAAGCAACAAGUGCACUUGACGCUGAAAGUGAAUAUCUUGUUCAGGAUGCGAUGGACUCGUUGAUGGCAGGAAGAACGGUAUUAGUGAUAGCUCAUAGGUUAUCGACGGUUAAGACCGCGGACUGUGUAGCGGUUAUAUCAGAUGGUGAAGUGGCUGAGAAAGGUACUCAUGAUGAGCUUCUCAGCUUAAAUGGAAUCUACACUAAUCUUGUCAAGAGGCAGCUUCAGAGUUCUUCCUCUGUAGUAACCAACUUAUGA